CACACACACACACAAGUAAAAUUUUUAUAAAAACGUAGAAAAUUGACGCUUUGAAGAACGAAAACUAGAUUUAGACGCAGAGACUGAAAUUUCAUCGUGGAUUCGUAAAAACAAAUAUUUUCGUUAAAUUCUUUCGGAAAACAAUUUAGCCUUGACAUUUGUUUCGCAGAGACGGCUUUGAAUCGAGACGAUUGUUCUUCAUUGUACUAUUGGUAUUUGUUUCGACAACAACUAGAAACUAGGGCCCUAAAUUUAUAAAAACAAAAAAAGUAAACACAUACAUACAUUAUUUUUCAUCCCUUAAGGAUUCCUGUAUUUAAAAGUAAUUGGAGUAAAUAAUGCCGAGACCAUCAGGACCCGGACCAGCGGCUUACACAUUGCCGAGCACCUUUGGCUAUGAGAAUUGCGAUGCGCGCAUGCGUCGCGGUCCACAAUAUUCGUUUGGACGCAAGCCAGCCUUGCCGGCAUUCAAUCGAUCGGGUCCCGGCCCGGCGGAAUAUCGAAUCGGUCAAAUUACGCGUUUUGGGAAUGCGAAGGGUCUUGAGUUCUCUAUGCUUCAACGGGGACAGCUAAACAAACCCAACUCGGUGCGCUUCGACUAGCUUGACGCGAAUCGAGAUGGAAUAUACUACUGGGGGAAUGAAAUAGUUUCUUCACGUGAGACACUCGUAGACCUUAUUCUUAACAAUCAUUUUGUCGCCCCUGGUAUAAGUCAUAUAUAUAGGUAGUUCUCGGAUUAAGUAGAUUAUAUAGUGCUUUCCCUUUAUUGAAGAUUCAACCAAUUUCAUUCAUUAGCAAUUCAAAUGGCGGCCAUGGCUAAGGCGACAAACGUUUCGGGCCUGGUCAGCAGUCGGUAGUCGGUAGUGUCGAGGAAUAGAAAUGCCACUUGGCAAUUUAAAAGGUUUAGAGUGCACUUGAGCUGUUUGGCUUUGUGUCUGGGCCAUAAUGAAGCCGCCAUCGGCAUUAAGUUGCCAAGCUCUUAAGUAACUUACUUUGGCCAUGUCUGACUGACUGACUGACUGGCUGACUGACUGACUGACUGAUCUGUGCUGUGGUUCUAAGCAAAAGCCUGUUAUUUUCAUGCUUCUUGUAAUAAUCACACAGUAAACAGACAGCAGGAGCAGACGGUCCGACUCGGCUAGUGGCAGUGGCAGGGGCAGUGUUAGGGGCAGGAGGGGCAGCAGGAGCAGCCUUUGGUCGUGAGAACGCAACUGAAAGCAAAGAAAGGGCCUCGACAAACUGCCUCAUGGCGACGCCGCACAUUGUUGCUGCCGCUGCAGCCGCCGCCGCCGCCGCAAGUUGUAAUUGCAACGUCAACGUAAAUGCAUAGCACGAGAGCUGCACAAGAAUUUCACGGAUGUGCGAUGUGCGAUGUGCGUGCAUUUUGCAGAUGGCCUCGUUGGACGCCUGGACACUGCGGAUUGGAUUGGGUUUGAAAACUGACCAG